AUGAAUUCUGCGGUACUGGUGGUUUUGCUGUUAGUGAGGCUAUGCUCGGCGACUCUGAGCUACCCAUUUGAAGAAUCGCUUGAGUUCAAGCCGCUGAAGAGCAACAAUCUGCUUGCGUCGUUCAAUUUCAAACUCAACUCGUCAGAGUUCCAACUGUACCAGCCAAAAGGUGAGACUUUGCACUACUCGGUGUUUUCCAAGCUUUUGGGCCCAAUUUUGCAGGAAACCAACACCAGAGAACUACACUUGCGCUUCAGCCAGGGAUGGUACGACGCAGAGGUGUACGGAGAACUACCGGCCAAGGGUGGUCAGAGUGGGGGCACCGGUGUCGAACUAUGGUCCGUGAUUGAGGGCACCGACGACGAAUCGGUAUUCCACGAUUGGAUCAGGCUCGUAAACUCGCUCUCCGGGUUGUUUUGCGCCUCGUUGAACUUUAUCGACUCCGAUUCCACAACGUAUCCGGUGACGGUGUUCCAGCCCAAAUCUCAGUUGCUCCAGCAGAACUCGCUAGAGAACGACUUGUACCUGUUACGCAGUGCUCUACCAAGAGAACCCGUCUGCACAGAGAACCUUACGCCGUUCUUGAAACUGCUCCCGACAAAGGGAAAGGCCGGUAUUUCGUCGCUUUUAACCGGCCAUAAGGUUUUCAACUCGCAAUGGUCGUCGAUGUCCAUCGAUAUCACCACUCACUGCUCGGAAACAGGCUGCCAUUACGAAAUGGACCAGUCCAUCAAACUGAUCCUCAACGUCCCAUUGGCUUUGGAGAGAAACGAGAUGCCUAUUCCUAAACCUACUCCCGGCUCCAAGCUUAAAUGCGAUCCAUCAAAGUUCUUUGACGCAUACCACUGUUUCCCGCUGGAUGAGGUUUCUGAACUGGACUACUCGUUGUUGGACUUGUUUGGAAAGCAGAUACAAGGAGGGGCUCUGAUUUCAAACACUCCAACUAAAGUGUGUGCCGACAUCAAUAAAAAAGCAUGGAACAUAGACGUCAACUCCAGUACCAAUGUGGACCUACACGACGAGAACGGUAAGACGUGUUUCACCAUCACGGAUUCAGAGAACUACAACAUUCACUUCAAGUCGUCCAACACCUCGGAAAUAGCACCGCUUCCUGCUCCUCCAAUCUAUGCUUCUCGGUCGCUGUCUGGCUACUCCCAAGAUUCAGGAGGGUUCAGAAUCGAUCUGACUAACCCAACCGACGAGGAUUCCAAGAUCAUCAUCUUUGAAUCCACUCCGUGGUUCGUGCGGAUAUACCUCCAUACCCUGACCAUCACCGUCAACUCAACCAACACAUACACUGUUGACGAUCCGGAGUUCGAUACACUGCUGAACGGAAUCAUCUACAACCCAGCCAUUGACCGUAAGAAGCCAUCGCAUCUCGAGCUGUUAGUGACCAUCCCAGCACAUACAAAAGUCAAGUUGGCAUUGCAGUUCGACAAGUCGAUGCUUCUGUACGCAGAGUAUCCACCAGAUGCCAACCACGGGUUCGAGAUUGAGCCGGCGGUGAUCUCUGUGCUUGAUAAAGAUACCAACGAUGUUGUCUACCAAAUGAGAACCACCACUGCACUGCUGACCUUGCCAACACCCGACUUCUCCAUGCCGUACAACGUCAUCAUCUUGACAUCAACGGUGAUGUCCCUUGCAUUUGGAGCGAUCUUCAACCUACUAAUCAAAAGAACGGUUACAGAGGAAGAAGCCGAAAGAAAGGCCAAGUCUGCAUCUUCGAAAAUCCGCGAUAGACUAAAGCAACGUGUGCAAUCCGUCAAAAAUGUGUUCAAACGCUAA